AUGCAACGACUUUUUUAUUCAUUUCUGCUGCUGUCAGUGUUACUUUUAUGCAGUCAUACCAAGGCUGAUGAUGAUGAUGAUGAAGAAAUAACAACAGAAGUGCCUUCCAAAUGUGAAUACAAUGAACAAUUAGUUGGUGACGAAUGCAUUGACUCUUGUUAUGUCCACAAAUUUUGUGGAGAGAAUACAACAUGCUCAUCAAGCUUCCAGACAUACUGUUCAUGUAAAAGAGGCUAUACUGGAGAUCCACUUGGAGGCUGCUUUAAAAUGGAUGAAAAAUGUCCAUGCUCACCAAACCCGUGUGGUCCCAACUCUGAGUGUAUUGAGUCAGAUCCAGAAAUCGGACCACAUUGUAGAUGUAAGAAGGAUUUCUAUGACUGGCCACCAAAUUGUCGUCCUGGAUGUAAAAACGAUGAUGAAUGUGGCGCUACAGAAAUUUGUAAUCGGUUCAAUACAUGUGAAGAGCUUUGUGAUCCAACAAGAUGCGGUGACAAUUCAGUCUGUCGUGUCGACAAGAAGAAAAAGACAAUGCACUGUUCAUGUAAAGACGGAUUUGUCCCUGAAACCAAAACAGGCUGUAGACCAUGGGCAACUAGUGAUGAUGACAUUCCAGCUGACUUCUUUGCUGAAGUUCUUAAUGACAAAUGUAAUGGUGAAUGUGGAUACAAUGCAUAUUGUGGACCUGAAGAUAAAUGUGUUUGCACCACUGACUAUGUUGGAGAUCCAUAUAAAGAAUGUGCUGUAAUACAGCCUGCACGUUCCGGUCCAUGCAAUCCAAAUCCAUGCGGUGGUCUCUCUGAGUGUACAGUCGUUAAUAAUGAGGUUGAAUGCUUAUGUAAAGAAGGCUUCGGAACUCCACCAUAUUGCUCAAAAUGUAAUUCAAAAUUAGAUUGCUUACCAGACCAAAUAUGCGCUGAUGGUGGACGUUGUGUAGCAGAUGUUUGUAAGGGAUUCUGUGGCGAGAAUGUCAGCUGUAAUAUAUUUGAAGGCAAGCUUGAGUGCAACUGUAAAGUUCAACCUGUAAAUACUCAUAGUAUGCCAUUUUUGAGUUGUCCUGAUGUUGGCUUUAUAUCAGCUGCUGCUAUUGCUGUAUUGUCUGGAUAG